GGAAACUGAGCUGGAGAGGACCUAAACCACAGUCAACGCGGAGCAUUAACGGUCCGCUUUACCUAGAAAGUGUCUCGUGAUAUUUUCGGGAAUUUUCGCAGCCGUUUCCUUUGGGAUUUUAGCAUCGCACGAGUGUUGAAAAAAAUUAUGCACACUUUACCUCAUUUUUAUGGGUAAAUAUCAGUUUUUUUUGCAACUGAUCAUUAUCAUUCCACAGGUCAUUGGAGGUCGUAAGCAGCAAAAUGAAUUCCGUUUAUUUCUGCGGACCAAGAAGCGGCCAGGGGCCUUUUCCAUUGCAACGCGUCAACUCGUUGUUUCACGAGGCUCACCAGCAGAUGGCGCAGCAGUACCAGCUUCAUUCAGCGGCCAGUACCUCGUCCGUGCAGACUCUCACUGUGGCGGAGCGCCUGGCAGAACUCAUUCUUGAGGCACGCUACGGAAACCAGCAAAAGCAGCGUCGCAGUCGCACCGCCUUCAGCGUGUCCCAGUUACAAGCCCUCGAAAAGGCUUUUCAGCAAACCCAGUAUCCAGAUGUGGGCAUGAGAGAGCGAUUAGCAGUCUGCAUCAACCUCCCAGAAGCCCGUAUCCAGGUGUGGUUCAAAAACAGACGUGCCAAAUUUAGAAAAGGCCAACGCUUCGCACCCCUUUCCAAAGAAGAAAGCCAAGUGCAUCGCCCUGCUACUAAACAACGGAAAGAAUUAGUGAUGGACCAGGAAAAAGGCUCUCAUUCAAAAUCUCAAUCCCCUUUUAGGGAAAACAGCACUGUUCCUUCUUCGUCGGACUCUGUUCACCUUCAUUCCCACCCCAGACUGCACUCCUCUGCUGUUCUUUCAUUCGUUACCGGAGAACACUACCAGCAACCGAUGCCUCACGCGCUCGGGCUGCUGUCUGCGGGUCUACCUUUUUCUCCCACGUAUUUGCCUGUAAUGCAACAGCAGCACAGCACAGCCGUCAAUCUUGUGCCAUUGGGGAAAUGCAACAAUCUCAUGCUUCAGUCUGCCUGUCAAUCUAAAUCUAUGGUUCACCACCACUUGGACAUGUAGCCACCAACCAACAAAGCCCACUGAGCCAGUUGUCCUCAUUAGGACGUGAAGAGGGAACAGGUGUUCACAAGUCCCUCCCCCCCCACCACAGCAUCGUAACUUUUACCCCUUAAAAUAGCAUAAGGGUUUGGAUUUCGAUCUUUUUCUGUAACUUUCAUUAAUUGGUUUCGACCCUGUUUGUACAAACUGGCUUUCUUUGUGAACUUCCAUGCAUAGCUUAGAGCAUUGUUGAGAAAAAUGUUAUGUUGCACAUACAUAUUUGAGCACUUUGUAGAUUUUGAUGAACAUGCAGUGAUUUUGUAUACAAAUAAACACGGA